GGAUGCGAGCUUGAAGAGAAUGGCGUUUUUUCUGCCACUUGUAAAUGCAAACCGCUGCCUGUCUACCCAGUCUAGCGUGGCUGCAGGUCACAUCAGGAAAGUUCUAAUUGCAAACCGAGGAGAGAUAGCCUGUCGUAUAAUGCGUACGGCUGAAACGUUAGGAAUAAAGACUGUGGCUGUGUACAGUGAUGCUGACAGACACGCACUCCACGUACAGAUGGCCAAUGAAUCCCAACACAUAGGUUCAGCAUCUGCAGACAAGAGUUACUUGUGUGUAGAGCAUCUGAUAGAAGCUGCUAAACGAAGCAACGCUGAGGCAAUACAUCCUGGAUAUGGCUUUCUAUCUGAACGUUUUGAGUUUGCUGAGGCGUGUGAAAAAGAAGGGAUAGUUUUUAUUGGACCUCCAGCAUCAGCGAUUCGAAGUAUGGGAGACAAAAUUGAAGCAAAACAGAUGAUGUCAUCUGCUGGGGUUCCAGUCAUUCUGGGAUAUCACGACAUUGAUCAGUCUUAUGGGAAGCUGAAGUAUGAGGCUGAAAAGAUAGGUCUACCGUUGAUGAUUAAAGCAGCACUGGGAGGAGGAGGGAGGGGUAUGAGAAUUGUGAACUCAAUGAAUGAAUUUGAAAGUCAGUUGGAAUCUGCUCGUAGUGAAGCAAAAAGCACAUUUGGAAACGAUCAAGUUCUUUUAGAGAAAUACAUUGGUCGACCACGACAUGUUGAGGUUCAGGUCUUUGCUGAUAGACACGGGAAUGCUGUCUACUUAUAUGAACGAGACUGUAGUGUCCAGAGAAGACACCAGAAGAUUAUUGAAGAAGCUCCUGCUCCUGGUGUUGAUGACCAUGUUCGUCGUGAUUUGGGAGAGGCAGCUGUAAGAGCUGCUAAAGCUGUAGGAUAUGUUGGAGCAGGGACGGUGGAAUUUAUCAUGGAUGUUGACAAGAGGUUCUAUUUCAUGGAGAUGAACACUAGACUUCAAGUUGAACAUCCUGUAACUGAAAUGAUUACAAACACGGAUUUAGUUGAGUGGCAGUUCCAGGUUGCUGCUGGUCAUCCCUUACCAUUGUCUCAAAAUGAGAUUCCACUAGAAGGACAUUCAUUUGAAGCUCGUGUUUAUGCUGAAGAUCCCGAUAGGGAUUUUCAACCGGCUGCUGGCAAGUUGUAUUAUCUUUCGGCUCCAGAUGAUGUAUCUCGAGUUGAAACUGGAGUCAGGCAAGGUGAUGAUAUCAGCAUCUACUAUGAUCCAAUGAUAGCAAAGGUUGUUGUAUGGGGCGAAGAUCGAUCGUCAGCUUUGUAUAGUUUGAUUGAUGCUCUCAACAAAUAUCAUGUGGUUGGUAUUCCCACAAACCUUAGUUUUCUUUCCAGACUUGCUAGUCAUCCAAGUUUCUUUGCUGGCAAUGUCAAUACUGACUUUAUCAAGGAACAUCAUCAGAGCUUGUUUCCACCUCCAUCGUCCCUUCCAAGCAAGAUUUUAGCACAGGCAGCACUUGUGUUUCUGCUUCACAGCCAGGAAGCACAGAUUCAUGAGGGAAUUGCACUUGCUGAUCCAACAUCACCAUUUAGUAGCAAUGAUUUGUGGAGGGUUUGUCUUCCACAAUCAUCUGGAAUUAAGUUCUCAACAGGAAUGGAUGAAACUGUCGAGGUUGUUAUGAGAAGGAAGUUAGAUGGGAGCUACAGUGUUCAAUUGCCUGGUGAUGACAGAAUGUUAGAUAUCAGUGGUUAUAUUACUGAAUAUGACAGUCCUGCAAUGACUGUGAGCGGAUCUGUGGACAACCACUCUUUUGGUUGUAAAGCAGUUUUCUCGAAUGAUACAAUCCAUCUCUUUACUGAGGAUGGUAACUACCAAGUUCAUUUAUUCGUUCCCAAGUUUGUCCAGGAAUUGAGUGGAAUGCAGUUUGGCCAGAAUUUUCAACUCAUUGCAGCAGACAAUGGUAAAGUUGUCAAGGUCCAUGUUUCUGAUGGAGAAAGGGUGACUAAAGAUCAACCACUGUUAAUGAUUGAGACAAUGAAAUUACAGGUUGAAAUUCUUUCUCCGUUUGAUGGUGUUAUAGAGCAAGUUCGAUUUACUGCCAGUCAAGUGUACCACAGCGGUGCUUUAUUGAUUAAAUUCAAGGAUCUUCCCACAACAUCGCCAAUUCCUGGGGAGGUACUUGAAGUUGUUGUGUCUGAAGGACAGCAAGUUGCAGCUGGUGAAAUUCUCAUGAAUGUGGAAUGUUACAAAGACAAAUAUGAGGUACUAGCGCCUGAGGAUGGAGUUGUUAAGACAAUAUUUUACUCCACAGGAGAGCAAUUCUCUGCUGAUUCAUUACUAAUAUCAUUAGAUGAAACAAGAUGAGCUGGUAGUGAUGAUUUAAAAUUGGUGUUAUGGUUAGCAAAAUGACAACGUUUCAGAGCUCCGUAAUGAUUUGGAGUUUUAUAAUUACUUGCACAGAAGCGCUUGCACUGCUUAAUUAAAGACAGUGACAGUGAAAAGUACUCACACACACAGGAUGUAUAGGAAGGAAGAGGUUGUGGGAACGAAGCGUUCUGAUAAUCAAAAAUCUUU